AUGAUAAGCGAUCAGUAUCAGGAGUAUAUGAGCGUGGUUGCAGAUCGCAGACGCAAAGCUUCAGACCGAUUUUAUCAGGUUCAAAAAAUUCUUUCUGCGCUUCCAAAAUGCAAACGAAGGAAAUCAGAUAUCCUACUUAUCGCGAAAAAGAUAUCAGAAAAGACAGGAAUUAAUAUUGACCGAUCAGCAAAAAGAAUAUAUGAUUGUUUAAUUUGCUGGUACUGCGAAAAUUGGUCUGCAGUCAACAAAUAUAUAAUCGAAACUUAUUACGAGAUCUUUGAGCCUGAAAACUACGAGAAAUUCAAAGGAUUAAAGCAUCUUGAGUUCCCAGAAUGUUUGAAAAUCAGUGUAUUAUUGAAACAAUGA